AUGACAUCUUUCACCGAGUUCGAGGCCGGCCACCGGGACUUGGUUACAGUAACCAAGUUCAAUUUCUAUGGUAAUCGCAUCCUCACUGCAUCUGCGGAUCACCGGAUAAAGGUGUGGGAUCAAAAGGACGAUGGCUGGGAACUCGCAGAUACUUGGCGAGCACAUGAUGCAGAAAUUCGGGAUGCAGCAUGGAACGGCCCAUUUACGGGUCAGCAUAUCGGCACUGUAGGGGAGGACAUGAAAUUCAAACUAUGGCAAGAAGAUGUGACGCAGUCCCGCAACUCUGGUCGGCGCUUCCGGAAUAUCUUUCGUCUGACCUCGCCCAUUCGCACGCCCUACGUCUCGCUAGAUUUUCGAAACAUUGACCUUGAAUCCUGGCUCGCGCUAAUAACUCGUGAUGGGCUUCUCACCGUACUGGAGCCUGUUGGCGCAGAUAAUCUCUCAGAGUGGCAGCAACUCGACCAGUUUCGUGUUUGCUCAGAACCCUCACGAGGGGAUGAGACGAGCUUCAAGGUCCAGUUUCAUCAUGAUCCAAUGGAUAUGACCCAUAUGGUCAUGCCAUCCUGGGAUAGUAAGAGUUUAUCUCUUGUUGUUGCAGCGAUGAACACUGUCAAGGUGUAUCGAAUGGCUGCAGACAGGAAGUUUUACCAUGCCAUCGAGUUAACUGGCCAUAGUGGUCUAGUAAGAGACAUUGCGUGGGCUAAUGGCUCUGUUCGCGGAUUUGACAUAAUUGCCAGCGGCUCAAAAGACGGCACAAUCAAGAUAUUUGAGAUAUACACGUCGGUUACGAAUGGGUCCAACAGCACCCAAAACGGAUCUGCAAAUGCCACAUCUAGAGCCUCAACCCAAUCCGCAAUUGGGACUGCGCUUGCGAGUCAGACAACGGGGACACUUGUGGAUACUCGGAAAAACACCGAAACCCCAUUUAAACAUACAUUUAGAGAGGUUGCAUCAAUUGAUAGCAAACAUCUAGAUGUCUGGCAAGUUCAGUUUUCUCACGCAGGCGAUUGCCUGCUAUCUUCCGGGGAUGAUGGUUCUCUACGUUUCUGGAAAAGAGCCACUUCUGGAGACUGGCUUGAAUUCGCAGAAACUUCAAUGGAGAAUAACUAG